AUGAGACCCGGUGAUAUAAUUGAGAUUUCAAAGCAAUCAAUCUUUGCACCAAACGACUCAGUCAUGAAAAAUGACUAUGACAGUAAUCUGUCUUUGGCAACUGGGGGUUUCGAUCACACUAUAAAAAUGUGGCAACCAAAUACUGGAAAAUGCAUCCAAGGUUUCCAACAUAACGAAUCCCAAGUAAACGCCUUAGCAUUUUCUCGCGAUGGGCAUUAUAUAGCUGCUGCUGGCUAUGGGAGAGUUCGUGUUUAUGAUGUUCAGGGUGCUGGAACACCUUUCGUAACGGUUUCAGACUUUACGAAAAAUGUAAACACUGUUGGAUUUAAUGACACAGGAAACUGGAUGUUUGCAGGUGCAGAAGAUCGUGUAGCAAAGAUUAUAGAUUGGCGAGCCGGUGGGAAUAUAUGGAUAUCUCGUAUUUAUCAGACAUCGUCGAGUAUUAAUGCCAUGUUGCUUCAUCGUAACCAGCAUGAAAUUAUUAUGGGUACAAACAAAGGGGAAGUUAUAAUAUGGGAUCUACGUAACAAUGCUGCUAAAUCUAUAUCUACUAAUACCUGGAAUGAACCUAUUCAUAGUCUUUCUAUUGACCAAGAUGUAACCUCCUUAGCCGCCGUUAAUUCAGAUGGCCAACUUAUUGUGUGGUCUCUAACUGGUGAUUCUGCUUGGAAUCCUUUAGAAAAGCAUCGGCAGAAAGUACAUUCUUCAUUUGCUGUGAAAGUUCAAUUUUCGCCAGAUAGUACCUUGAUAGCUACUGGAGGUGGUGAUGGAAAGUUUAAUAUCCUGAAAACAGCUGAUUUCAGUGUGGUUACAAGCAGAAAAGGCAGUGAAACUGGUCAUCAUUGGGUAUGGGAUUGUGCAUUUUCUGCUGAUUCUCGUUUUUUAAUUACUGCCACAUCAGAUGGAAUUGCUCGUCUGUGGAAUUUAGACACAAAUGAAGUACCAGUCAAAUACAAAGGACAUCAAAGAGCAAUUACUUGUAUGGCCUUCCGUGACAAUUCUUUGAAAUCUGCGUGA